GAAUCUACUUCAAGAGUUGGCGCCAGAAUUGAAUGUCGUCUAUCUUAAGGAACUGCUUUCAUAAAAUAAAUUACAAAAAGAAAAAGAAAGUCAAGUAAUUUUGAUUUCCAAAUUUAUUUCCUGCAGCGAAAAUGGGAUUCCUUUCUACACCUACACCAUAAGAGGAUUUCUGUCAAAUUCCAUACUUUGACCCUCUACUGGAGAGAUAAAUUUUUAGUACACUAAAAAUAAAUAUGGAAUUGAAGGAUGCCACUGGAGUAAACAAGGAUAUUAUGCUGUUGACUUAUGCUGAUAGCUGCUGCUGGCGGUGGGCUUGUUCUGUUUCUCUAAUCCUAUUUAGGGAAGUUGGUGAUUUAUUAUUGACUAUUAAGCAAGACCCACUAAGUGUUUGAUGCAUUGCGCCAAUGAGGCUUUGUUAAGUAAGGGUUCGGGUUUACUUUGUUAUAGCCACAAGAAGUGUCAGAAGUGAAAUCUCUUGUGUCAUAGAAUACAAGAAUACAAUUUAUAUAGUAAUAAUAACAAUUUACUUCUUGUAUUUUUCUGUUAAAGAUUAACUCAAAAACAAUUUUUUGCACAUACAUGUGAUUCUCUCUUCAUGCAUUGAAUGUAGAUUUCUAUACAUGCUAUGUAUACAUUUUUAUUAUUUUGAUUUUUUUUAUACUAUCAGUUUGAGUAACUGGUACAUGAAUCGAUAUACAACCUUGUCAUAGUUGAUGCAAUUUCUACAACUUUUAAUUGUUUUACAAUGCUUCUUUUCUCUUUUUUCUUCUUCAUGUUAAGAGUCUCUGCUGCACAACUAGAAACUUUAUACCCAGGUCAAUCCAUGAAAGAUGGUGAGACUUUGAUAUCAGCUGAUGGAAAUUUUGAACUUGGGUUCUUUAGCCAAGGUGAUUCAAGAAGCAGAUACUUGGGAAUCUGGUAUAAAAGAAUACCAGUUAAGACAGUUGUUUGGGUAGGCAACAGAGAAGUUCCAUCUUUUGACAACUUAGGAGUUCUACAAGUCAAUCAACAAGGAGUUAUCAUCCUUCAGAAUAGCACAAAGGGUAUAAUUUGGUCAUCCAAUUCAUCAAGAACAGCAAAGAAUCCUGUUUUGCAGCUCUUAGAUUCAGGAAAUCUUAUUGUUAAAGAUGGUAAUGGCAACAACCCAGAUAACAUAGUAUGGCAAAGUUUUGAUUUUCCAUAUAACACUUUGUUACCAAGCAUGAAACUUGGAUGGAAUCUUGAUAAGGGUUUGAAUAGGUAUCUAACAUCUUGGAAGAGCAUAGAUGAUCCAGCUCAGGGUAAUUUUUCGUGCUUGAUUGAUCUUCGUGGAUUUCCUCAACUUUUUAUGAAGAAAGGAGAUGCAGUACAGGUUAGAAGUGGACCAUGGAAUGGCCUCCAGUUUACAGGGAGUCCUCAGCUGAACCCAAACACUGUAUUUAAUUUUUCAUUUGUAUCUAAUAAGCAUGAAAUUUAUUAUUCAUAUGAACUCAAAAAUACUUCAGUUGUCUCGAGGUUAAUAGUGAGUGAAAAGGGUGCUCUAGAGAGGCAUAAUUGGAUUGACAGAACACAGAGUUGGACUUUAUUCUUUAGUGUGCCAACAGAUCAAUGUGACACUUAUCUGUUGUGUGGCGCAUAUGCCAGUUGCAACAUCAAUAGCUAUCCUGUCUGUUCAUGCUUGGAAGGAUUUGUACCCAAAUCCCCAACAGAUUGGAGUGCAUCAGAUUGGUCAGAUGGAUGUGUCCGAAGAACUGAACUGAGCUGCCAUACUGGAGAUGGAUUCCGGAAGCUUAAAGGGAUGAAAUUACCUGAUACAUCAUCUUCCUGGGUUGAUAUGAGCAUGGAUUUGAAGGAGUGUGAGGGAAUGUGCCUACGAAAUUGCUCGUGCCUGGCAUAUGCAAAUUCUGAUAUUAGAGGAUCAGGUUGUUUGCUUUGGUUUGAUCAUCUGAUUGACAUGAGGAAAUUCACCGAAGGUGGGCAAGACUUGUAUAUACGAAUUGCUGCUUCAGAACUAGCAAAAGGGAAAUCCCAUGGGAAAAGAGUUGCAAUUAUAGUCAGCUGUCUUAUUAUAGGCAUGGGUAUGACAGCACUAGGAUCACUCUUGUACACACGAAAACGAAAGCGAAAUAUUUUGGGGCAAGGACUGGCAAAAGAGACUUAUAUAGAAAAUUAUGGUGAUAAUGGUGCAAAGGAAGACACUGAAUUAAUUGCCUUCGACUUAAUCACUAUAAGAAAUGCCACCAGUAACUUUUCAAAUUACAAUAAACUAGGAGAAGGUGGUUUUGGACCUGUGUACAAGGGUACAUUGUUAGAUGGACAAGAAAUUGCAGUGAAAAGGCUUUCAGAAACAUCUGGACAAGGAGGAAAGGAGUUCAAAAAUGAAGUUAUUUUGAUUGCAAGGCUUCAGCACAGGAAUCUUGUGAAGCUUCUUGGUUGCUGCAUUCAUGGAGAUGAAAAAAUGUUGAUCUAUGAAUACAUGCCCAACAAAAGCUUGGACUCCUUUAUUUUUGAUAAAAAGAGAAGCACGUUACUAGAUUGGCAUAUGUGCUUCCGAAUCAUUGGUGGAAUUGCACGCGGGCUACUUUAUCUUCAUCAAGACUCUAGAUUGAGAAUUAUCCAUAGAGAUCUAAAAGCUAGCAACAUUUUACUGGAUUGUGAUAUGAACCCGAAAAUUUCAGACUUUGGCUUGGCUAGAACAUUUGGUAAAGAUCAAAAUGCUGCAAAUACAAAACGAGUAGUUGGAACAUAUGGUUACAUGUCGCCGGAGUACGCAGUUGAUGGUCUCUUUUCAGUAAAAUCUGAUGUAUUCAGCUUUGGUGUAUUAGUACUAGAAAUUGUUAGUGGAAAGAGAAAUCGAGGAUUUAGCCAUUUAGAUCACAGUCUCAACCUUCUUGGACAUGCUUGGAGGCUAUGGAUGGAAGAGAGGGCUUUAGAACUAUUUGACAAGUUCUCACAGGACGAGUAUUCUGUAUCUCAAGUGCUGCGGUGCAUACAAGUGGGUCUCUUAUGCGUGCAACGAUUGCCGCAUGACAGGCCAGACAUGUCAGCUGUGGUUGUAAUGUUGGGGAGUGAGAGUUCACUGCCUCAGCCAAAGCAGCCUGGAUUUUAUACAGAAAGAGAUCCAUUUGAAGCAGAUUCUUCUACAAGCAAGGAAAGGGUCUGGUCAAGGAAUGAAAUUUCUAGCACAUUGAUAGAGCCAAGAUAGAACUUGAUUGACAUCAAAAUCUUAGCAAAUUUAUGGGUCUUAUCUCUUUUUCCACUUAAGUUUGGUAACAACUACUUAAAGAAAUAUAUGAUCAUAUUUCAAUAUAA